AACUUGAAAACAGUAGGUUUAGAUGGUCGUUAAUAACUAGCUAGGGCUCCCCGGGAUUGUUCACAACAGAGGAAGCCACACCAGCUCUGACCAAAUAAAGCCCCGUCGCGAUUUUUAGAUCCUGUUUUGAAACCAUACUAACGGAAACUAACGUUAACGCGUUCCUGUGCGAAGGGCUUCGUUCUUCUCUUGAUAAUAGCUAACGUUAUUGUUUGUACCGAGCUAGCUUUGUCCUUUGCAGUCACAGCUGUGGUGUGUUGCUGAUAUAUUUAUACAAAUCGUUGUGGAAUAUGGCUCAGCAUGGACAUCAUGUAGCCAGUUCCCAAAAAGCACUGAUGCUGGAGAUGAAAAGUCUCCAAGAUGAGCCAGUCGAAGGGUUCAAAAUAACUUUGGUGGACGAGUCGGACAUGUACAACUGGGAAGUAGCGAUAUUCGGACCCCCAAAUACACACUACGAGGGUGGUUAUUUUAAGGCUCGGAUCAAGUUCCCCGUCGACUACCCAUACUCUCCACCUGCUUUCCGCUUCCUCACCAAAAUGUGGCAUCCCAACAUUUAUGAGAACGGUGAUGUAUGCAUCUCUAUCCUGCACCCACCAGUGGACGACCCACAGAGCGGAGAGUUGCCUUCAGAGAGGUGGAAUCCCACACAGAACGUCAGGACCAUCCUGCUCAGUGUGAUCUCUUUGCUGAACGAGCCCAACACUUUCUCCCCGGCCAACGUGGACGCGUCCGUCAUGUACCGAAAGUGGAGGGACAGCAAGGGCAAGGACAGAGAAUACAUCGAGAUCAUCAGGAAGCAGGUGGUGGCUACAAAAGCUGAAGCGGAGCGGGACGGCGUCAAGGUUCCCGUCACGUUGGACGAGUACUGUGUCCGCACCCAAGUCCCGCCCACAGACGACGGCUCCAACCUCUUGUACGAUGACUACUACGACGACGAGGAACUGGAGGAAGACGACGAGGACGACAACGAGGACUGUUGUUAUGAUGACGACGACUCAGGCACCGAGGACUCCUGACCAUGCCUUCCCAUGAUGUCUCCCUCUCGUCCCUGACCAGUCCCUGGCCUCGCCCCCUCGCCACACACACACCUCCCUUUCUUGUCAUGGACUGAACUUUAACUCCCUGCCCUCUCUUCCUCCUGAAUCCCCCCCCCCCCCCCCAAUCCUCCUCACUUAGCACAGCCCCCCCCCUGUCCACCUUCUGUCACAUGUGCAGUCACAGUAUGCACACUAAAACCUGAUGCUUCGAAGAGAAGAAAGCUACAGAGUUGUUUUUGUUUGUUUCUUACGUGUUUCUCUUUUUUUCCAUUUUUUUUUUUUCCCAUUUGUUAUCUGAGUAGAGGUUACACACGAUGCACACACACAGUAGCACAACUUACAGAUAGUAGUACUUCCUCAUCUGCUUCCGUUUGUCUGCACUAAUAACUAAUAACUGGUUGAAAUUUGAAAAAAAAAAAAACGUUUUAGCUCCAAGAUCUGUUCCUUCCUCUGGCUUUGAGUGGAACAAAGUCUGUCUGAUGGCCAAGUUUCUUGUAGAAAAUUUGGCGGAGGAACGGUCGCGCCUUUAUCGGACAUCAUCAGCAGGGUGGAAUGUAACGUCACAGGUCAGAUCAGAGUAAAACAAGCAGGGAGCAUUUGCAAAGUAGGCUAAUUUAGAAAGCGUGUGUGUGUGUGUGUGUGUGUGUGUGUGUGUGUGUGUGUGUGUGUGUGUGUGUGUGUGUGUUGAAAAGCUGAGUCACUUCUGUCUGUGAGCCAUGUGUGUGACUUCUGGUUUAGCGGGCUGUUUGAAGCCCUGCCACGCUUCACCUCUAACCUUUCUUGAGCCCCAAGGCUUGUGCGGCACCAAACAGGCAAGUUGUCCGUUUAAAAAAACAAGAAAAAAAACAAGAAAAAAAAAAGCUGUUCACACUCCCUUGUGCCUUCCCUCACUCCCUGAUAUCACAGAUCUCAAUGACUUGACUGGAUGAGCCUGCCUCGGUCAAAGCAGCCAGACAUACAAAGGUGGCCGAGGGAGAUAUUCAAGCUCACAAGGUCUCAGGUGGGGAUACUGUGCAAACAGCGCCCUCCUGAAGGAACAAACGUAUUUGUCCUGAUUUGUCCAUGGCGUGAUUGAGAAAGGUGUAAGAUCCAACAGCUGAACUGAAGACUGGAAUGUAGAUCAGAAUCCCACAAUCGUCCUCUUGACUGCCACGCGGCCUUCAACAUAUAAGCACGUGCUACUAGUGGCCUGGAUGUAUUAAGAAACAGCUAGCUGAGCCUGCUGCUCCUAAAAAUCUAAUGUACUGUAUUUAAAAAACAAAACAACCUAUGCAGUCAGCGCUUGAAACUACUUAAUAUGAAGUGCUUUAAACGUGGCAGUAAAGCUGAGCCUUUUCAACAGUCUGACCUGAACUCCAGCUUGAGGUUUACAACCUGUAAGGGCUUUGGACUGACUGUCCUUGGUUAGAGAUGGACAUGUGUAGUUGUAUCUGUCUUUUAUGUUUGUCGGCGGUUUGUUAUUCUAACUUAGAGUAGCACAAGUCUCCAGAGCGAGAGUGAGAUUGUACACCAGAGUUCGCCCCCUAGUGGCAGCUCUGUGUACUGGCAUUUCUUUUUCUCCCCCACACCCCCUUCCCCUGAAAUGCUCGACUGGGCCGCAGCCAUCUUGACUCACCUGAAUCAAUGAACCCUGUUACCUCAGAUGAGAUCAGGUAGCAGUGUGAGUGAUUCAGAAGAAUGAAAAUGGCCUGAUGAACACGCAGACUGACAGGGGGUUUCUUUUCAGUCUACGCUGUCAGACGGCCCACUUCGUUCCUUCUCUCCUAACUGCCAGGAGUGCUCUGUUGCACACUUAAGACCCAUCCAACAGUAUUUCCGAUGAAAUUCCCAACAUCGCUGUAACCAUGUUUCCGUUGUGUGUGAAUAUUUGCCGACCGUUUAUAAGAUGUGCUGAGAAGUGUGGAGAAGAAGCAGAAAUGGGGAUAGGGUUGAUCUUUGAGCAUGAACAGGAGAAUGUUGUUCUUCACUAGCAUGCUGUUAUGAUGUGUUUGUGGUUUUAGAUCUGCUAUAAGGGUCGGGGGUGGGGGGGGUUGUCUCCAGAGACAAAGGUCUUCUACUCAGUUUUAUCUAAAACUGUUGCAUUGUGAAUGGGCUGAGGAUUGUCUGUUUUUUUGGGAGAGGGGGGCUUCUUUUACUGUUUUGAUGUAAUCUUUUAUUUCCAAAUUGUGGUGCGAGCUGCAAUGUUUUCUGUCUUAUAUGUAUUAAGUGCUGCGAAUAUUGACCUGAUUGUUAAAAACCCAGGAUUGUUCAUGGAAGAACACGACUAAAUGUACCAACUUAUUAUACACGAAUAUCAUAACAGCAGAAAACUUGUGCAGAACCAAAUUGACACAGCACACUACAUAGUAAUUGUUCAAGCCCAGAAUGCUCAGAAAUGAGUUCUCAGUACUCAGUAAUUGACUGAUUUCCAUCACGCAACCUACGAAUGAUCCUUCUCCCCUCUGUUUUGAGGGUUUGGGGUGAAUGGAAUUAGAUUUUUUUUUUUUUUUUUUUUGUCAAACUACUGUUAUUUUAUCGUCUUUCCUCCCCACUCGUCCCCCAGUUCUCUGAGCUCUGAUUGGUGGCAGCAUCACUGAGGGUAAAACCCAGCAUAUAAUUACAGAAAACUACAAGAACCUCAGGAAAAAAACAACUACCAACUAACAAACACAAAACAAAUCCUUUUCCAGCUGAGUGAACCUGACCCCGGGGAGUCUCACUUUUUGGCUUCAAGGGACUGUUUACAAUCUCUACCUUGAUAUGCACAUGUGGAUAUUUGACGAUCACUUGAUGUUUGUUUUUUUCUUGUUUAUAUUUUCUUUUUUUCUUAUGGUUUGUAAAUCUAUUUAAAAUCUGAAAUAAAGAUCUUUAUUAGA